UGUCUGAGCAGCAGAUAAACAGAUUAUUCCCGAAACAGUGCUGGCUUUUUUAACUGUCAGUCUUGUCACACUUUGAGCACAUCCACAAUCCCUUGUUGGACAGGGUUUGCUCUCAUAGUUCCGCGCCAUGUCUGUCAGAUGCCGCUAUCAAAUUCUCAUUAUCUGCCGGGAAAGCAGGUCUGAACAUAAAUGACCAACCACUUCCAUGUGGAAUUUAUAGACGGCCCAGAUAUUUAGUGAUCCUGAGGAAAGUAUUGUCACGCAUGGGCACCAAAUGAGAUAAAACUGAACCUGAACUUUUUUUUUUUACGCUGAUAACUGGAAACUAAACGGUUUAAUCAUGCCUUGGAAAUAUGGGCUGCUUACUCUUACGCUGUUUUUCUCUGCUCUUCAAGCGACUGGAAUUAAAGCAAGGAAUUAUCCAAGUUCAUGGCUGAGAGGAGAUAUCAGAGCGACAACGGAAGAAAUCAGUUCUACGCGCUUGGAUGAACUUUUGGAAACGACCCAGCAGAACUCUAAUAUCCGAACCAUAUUUGAUUUGGGAAAGUACCGUGCGAAGAGGUCAGCGGUCUUCCAGUCUGGAGUGAGAGUCUGUCCACAAGAGACCAUCAAUGAGGUCAUAGCCAGCCACCAAGCUUACUACAGGCUCAGAGUUUGUCAGGAAGCCGUUUGGGAAGCAUUCCGGAUCUUCUUUGACCGAAUCCCUGGAACUACAGAGUACACGACGUGGGUUCACAAAUGUCGACAUGAACCCCUGUGUCUCUCUGACCUGGCUGGGAACUUCAGUAACUCAGAAGAGCACCUGAGUAUGGUGUACAGGAGGAUGAACCUGCGAGAUAAGAAGCAGUCGACUGGAGGCGUAGCUGCCACAACCAUAGCUGCUGCUGUGGUCACUGAGAUUGCAGGUUCUGAGGAGGCCCGGACUUCAGUCCCAGAACCACCUGCUCCUGUGACCAACGAUGCCAAGGUCCCUGAAACACCUGAGGGAACACUUGAAACAGAAACCGCUGCUGAGAAGGACUCUGAGCUACCCAACGUGGUCCCGGAGAACCUUGUGGAGGAGAUAGUAGAAUUCAGCAUUGAUCUGGUGGACCCAGGUUACAGGGAAUUACUGGAUGACCCUGACUCCCCCCAGUACGUUGACCUUUCUCAUCACCUGCAAGACCAGAUGCUCCAUGUUUUUGACAAACUCCCAGGAUUUAAAGAGAUCAGUGUUUUGGGAAUCAGCGAGACCCUGGAGAGUGACGGACCUGGAGGAGUGACGGUGCAUUAUUCUCUGGUCUUUGAGAGAAUUUCACCAGAGAAUGCCACGAGGACUCCAGCCACAGCCGUGUCCAGCCUGCGGGAAAUAGUGGCCAACUCUUUAAGUGAAGAGGCGUCUCUGCCAGUGGAUCUACAGUCCUUAAACUUUGAACCAGUAAAAGUAAUUCCACUAACUACUAAACCUGCCAAGGAAGCUGUUGAGGAAGUGUUUGAGGAUUUCAGUAACCCACCUAUACACAACCACAUGGAAAUAGUCACAGAUGAGCCAGAGAUUGCUGUGGAGAAGCCUCGUCUGGAUGUUCCACUUGGACCUGUGGAUAAAGAUAAGGCUCUUGUCACCUUACUGGACCCUACUGGAGAUAUUCCAGAUGAUGAAGAAAAGGCACCACCAGAGAGAGGUGAUGUACCCUACAUCUACGAGGAUACUAGUGAAUCGAUGGACAUUGACGAGAGUGAGUCUGAAGCAACAACUGAACCGGAAGAAGUUCUGUUUAUUACACAUCUGAUUGAAACCAUCCAUGCCACUGAUAAGGGAAAUGGUGAGCUUGUAAGACACUACUUCCUAACUACAACUCCACAGGAAUAUGUUGCUGAGCCUAGCAUUCCAGAGGAAUACCCUGAGCCUCCUUUUGGUAAUGUAGUCCCUACUAAUGGGUACCCUGUCUUACCCCCUGAGGAUUUGGAUAUUACCUCUGCUCCUAAAAAUGAAGGUACAGAAACAGACAAUCCAACUGAACUCCCUCCUAAUUGGAUAUCAGAAGAUGAGGCUGUUGUGGAGGCGGAGGCAAAGCCCACUCCCACCACUCAGAUUCUUCUCACAACAGCCACUGAGGAAGAAGCAUCUGACACUGUAUUGCCUGUGACGACUCUUUCGGCCAUCACAGAUCAGCCUGCCACUAAAGCAAUAGAGGACAAUGAAGUUGAGGGGGAUCUUGAACAUGUUGUAGUUGAAGAAGAGCCAGAAUAUGAAGAAGAGGUAGUAGAGGAACAAGAACCUGAGAAAGAAAUAGUUGAGGUAUUGGAACCUGAGGAGAAUGUAUUUGUGGAACCAGAACCUGACAAAGAGGUAGUUAUGGUUUCAGAAUCUGAGAAAGAAGUAGUUGAGGUAUUGGAACCAAAAGAAGAGGUAGUUGAGGAAACAACAUCUGAGGGAGAAGUAGUUGAGGAACCAGAAACUGACAAAGAGAUAGUUGAGGUCUCAGAACCUAAGGAAAAAGUUGAUGAGUUCUCAGAGACUAAUAAAGAGGUAGCUAAGAUAUCUAAACCUGAGGAUGAGGUAGUUGAAGUCGUGGAAGCUGAAGAAGAGACCGUUGAUGAACCUGAAGAAGAUACAGAUAAGAUCUCUGAACCUGAGGAAAAGGUAGAUGAGGUCUCAGAAGCUGAGAAUAUGUUAGUCGAGGAGCCAGCUGUACUUGAGGACUCAGAACAUAAGGAAGAGAUAGUUGAGGAACCAGUACCUGAGGAAAGUGUAAUUCGGAAGGAUGAGGAUGUAGUUGAGGUCUCACAAUCUGAGGAUGUGGAAUCUCAGGAGAUAGUUGAAAAACCAGCAGAAGAUGUAAUUGAGGUUUCAGAACCAGAUCAAGAGGUAGCUGAGGUCUUUGAACCAAAGGAAGAGAUAGUUCAAGCACCAGAACAAAAUGUGGCACCUGAGGAGAAGGUAACUGAAAAAACAGAACCUGAGGAAGAGGUAAUUAAGACCCCAGAACCGGCAGAAGAGGGAGUUGAUUUCUCAGAAACUGAGAAAGAAAUAUUGGGGAAACCAGAAUCAGACAAAGAGGUAGCUGACAUCUCAGAAUUUGAGCAAGAGGUAGUUGAGGUCUUGGAACCUGAGGAAGGGGUAAUUAAGGUCUUGGAACCUGAGAUUAUUGAGGUCUUGGAACAUGAGCAAGAGUUAGUUGAAUCUAAGGAAGAGGUUUUUGACUCCUCGGUACAUGAGGGAGAGGUAGUUGAGGGUCCAGAAACUGAGGAAAAGGAAGUUGAGGAACUCAAACCUGAUGAAGAGGUUGUUGUGGAAGGAGAGCAUGAGGAAAAGGUUUCUGAGGAACCCAAACCUGAUGAAGAGUUUGUUGUGGAAGGAGAGCAUGAGGAAAAGGUUUCUGAGGAACCCAAACCUGAUGAAGAGUUUGUUGUGGAAGGAGAGCAUGAGGAAAAGGAUGUUGAGGAACACAAGCCAAAUGAAGAGGAAGUUGAACUCAAACCUGGGGAGGGGAUAGCUGAGAAAGACAAACCAGUGGAUGAGGCUGUUGAAGUGAUGGAACCUGUGGAAGAGGUAGUUGAGGAACCAGAAUCUAAGGACGAGGUUGUAGGUGUCUUUGAAACUGAAGGAGAGGUAUUCAAGGUCUUGGAACCUGAGGAUGAUAUAGUUAAUGAACCAGAACCUAAGGAAGAGCUAGUUGAAGUCUCAGAACCUGACGAUGAGGAAGCUAAGGUCUCAGAGCCUGAAGAAGGGAUAGUUGAAAAAGCAGAACCUGACAAAGGUGUUGAUGAGGCCUCAGAAACCGAAGAAGGGAUAGUUGAGGAACCAGAACCAAUUAACGAAGGAGCUGAGGUCUCAAAACAUGAAAAAGAAAUAGUAGAGGUCUUGGAACCAGAAGAGUCAGUUGAGAAAACAGAACAUGAGAAAGAGGUUGUUGUCAAACCAAAGCCUGGGGAAGAGAUUGUUGUGGAAGCUAAAGAAGAAGAAGUUCAGGAAACAGCACUUGAUGAAGAUGUUACCAAAUCAUUAGCAGGAGAAAUUAAAAUUAUCCAACCUGUGGAUUCUGUAGAGGGCACUCCCUUUGGAGAGGAAACUGAACCUCUAGAAGAAGACAAUAUUGUGCCAAAAGAAGACCAAUCAUUUGAAGAGGAAAUUGAGGACCUGCUACCUGAAUACCCUGGGUAUGAGGACAUCCACCAUGAGGAAGCUGUUGAUACUGUGGAAGAAACGGAGGACAGAGAAUCUGUUUCAUUGCCAGAUGGGAGGGAAAAGGGGAUAGCAGAGACAGCACAACCCAUCCCAGAUUCUAUACCCACACCACCUGGAGAAUCUGACACUGUGCCUGAGGUAAAUGUCAAAGGGUCACCUUCAGAGCUAGAGCCUAUGGAGGAGGAUGUUGAGGAACAUGAUGUGACUGUUAUUGAUGAAGAAGAGUUGGACGAAGAAGUCAUGGAGGUCUCAGAACCUAAGGGCAUUAGUGUACAAGACAUUGCUGAUGAACUCGAUAAAAUGGACCUGGUGAGCACAGAGCUCACUGACCUUCCAGAGGCGAGUGGAUACCCAUUGGCUCCUGAGGAGCACCCCUUUGAGACCACUGCAUCACCACCACUGAGAUAUUUGACCACUCCCUCCAAGACCACAGCCAGCAAGGGAAGAGAGCUGGUGGUGUUCUUCAGCCUACGGGUGACCAACAUGAGGUUCUCCGAUGACCUCUUCAACAAGAGCUCCUCCGAAUAUAGAUCCCUGGAGAACACCUUUGUGGAACUGCUGCUGCCGUACCUGCAGUCCAAUCUAACAGGAUUCAAGAAGUUGGAGAUUCUGAACUUCAGGAAUGGCAGCGUUGUCGUCAACAGCAAGGUGAAGUUCACCAAGUCUGUGCCGUACAAUGUGACCCAGGCCAUCCACUGUGUCCUGGAAGACUUCUGCAACGCUGCAGCCAUGAGGCUCAACAUUGAGAUCGACAGUCACUCUCUGGACAUAAAACCUGCUGACCAAGCAGAUCCCUGUAAGUUCUUGGCUUGCAAUGACUUCUCUCGCUGUGUGGUGAACCGCUGGUCUCGGGAGGCCGAGUGUCUGUGUGACCCGGGCUACAUGACACUGGAUGGCCUGCCCUGUCAGAGCAUCUGUGUCCUGCAGCCCGACUACUGCCAGAACGGGGGCCAGUGUGAGACAGUACCAGGGCAUGGAGCUACUUGCAGAUACCCAGACAAGUCUUCAAGUCUUCCGGGCCUGAGUAGUUAAGAAAAUACAGGGUUGAAUGACAUCAAAGUUACAUAUUGAGGACUGUUUUUAAAGGAUAUUGGAAUAGCGGAGGCGAAUAACAGACUGUCGUUGACUGCAGAAAGACAUUAACCUGUGGAUAACUGAUGGACAGGCACUCAGCCAGACACAACCCCUUAAUAACAGCUCUGCAUAGGAACUUUUCCAUGCCUGUGAUUUGCCAGGAAGGACACUCCCCUUUUCUGUCAGACACUCAGGCAAACGCUGUGGGCAGCCGAACUCGAUCUUUGUCAUCAGUGGACAAAACUCAAUACCAACAGAUACAUGACAAUCCAAUGUUAUCAUAUAACUAAGUGCUGAAGCACCCUAGGCCAGCAAACUGCUUUUAUACAAAUGUGACAUUUUAGUAGUGAAAAUGUUUUUUUUUAUUUUAAAUGCCAGAUGAAAGGUUAUGAGAAAUGUUUUCCUCAUAAUGAGGUUCUUAUAUUGCAGUGGGUACAAUGAAUCAUAUACCUUAGACCUGUGAGAGAGAACCAUUGUUCUAAUGUGUCUCUGUUACACUGCCAUGGUGUUAAUGUUUUUUAGUGUCCUCCAACAUCCAUACAGUAAAAUUAACUAUUCACUUACACUUCAAUAGGGCUUUUUCCUAAGCACCUGUGUUUUCUCUGGUUUUCCUGCUGUAGCAUUAACAUGCUGAACAAUAGAAUGAUGUAAAAAAAAAAAGUAUAUAAUAAUAAUUGCAAAAGCAGUAGAGCGAAACAUGGAAUGCAUUUAUUUAAUCAAUUAUAGAACAGCGUUAGAAAAGUGACAGUGAAAAGGCAGUAUCUGAGGAAUGAUUGUUACGCGUGUUGAGAUACAGAGCUUAGACGCCAGUCAGACAUUUGUUGAACAUUACGAGGUACAGUAUAUUCCAGGAGAACCCACAGUACAGUAGUACACACUGGUGUUCAAAUUAUUAAUAAAUACUAAGGUCUAAACAGAAGAAAACAUGCCUCAGAUACAAGCGCAUGAUUGGAUAGAUUUAAUCCAUUCAAACAACCAUGACAACGCUUUUCGCAUAUGCAGCGCAUCAGAGGGAAUGAGAACAAAACUAAAGACUAACAGCCUUACCUGAACAGGGUACUUCCAGUCUCAUAAGAGAUUGUCUCUAUAACACAGUACUGUACAGUGACAAAGGCUGUCCUCCUCCAUGUAGCUUUGUAUGGGUAAAUUAUUGCUUUAUUUAACAGUAGACAAGAGCUGGUUUUCCCCCUGAAGAAAAAGACAUUGAGUCAUGUGCCCAAAUCCAACGAUAGUAGAAAGAUUUCUUUUGAAAAUAAAUGUGUACAUUCCA